AUGGCAGGAGAAGGAAGUAGCUUCGUGCAACCAGCAAUUCCACACUUCAAUGGGCCUAGUGGAGAAUGGAAUCAAGCAGUAUGUAGAGGGUGCAAAGUUAACAUAAGCUCAAAUGAAAGCCUUAGAGGAUCGAAGCUUAAAGAUUUGAAGACCAAGAACUAUCUCUUUCAAGCCAUUGAUAGAGCUAUAUUGGAGACCAUCUUGAAGAAAGAUACAACGAAGGAUAUAUGGGAUUCAAUGAAGAAGAAAUAUCAAGGGACGGCGAAAGUCAAGCGUGCUCAACUUCAAGCUCUUCGCAAAGAGUUUGAGAUGCUCAAUAUGAAGGUUGGAGAGUCAGUUGAUGAGUAUUUUGGAAGGACUCUAAACGUGGCUAACAAGAAGAGGAUCAAUGGAGAGAAGCUGGAAGAUGUAGCUGUUAUCGAAAAUAUUCUGAGAUCAAUGACACCAAAGUUUGACUAUGUGGUGUGUUCGAUUGAAGAAUCAAAAGAUCUUGAUAAUUUCUUGAUGAACUACAAAGCAACCUUUUGGUACAUGAACAACGGAUGA